UACGUCGAAGCGUCGCAGCGAACAGAAGCGUGAAAAGAGCGCAACGAAAUGUGUUGAUAAUAAAAAAAAAAAUCCAAAGAAAAUGACAAGCAAAGUGUUGGUCAAAGGUGUCCAGUGAAAAUCGAAAAAUUGCAAUUACUCGCGAUUAUUAUUCAUUCAUUUGUUAUUCAAACAACAAGCAUUCGCCGCGUGUGACCAAUCAACAAGCUCAAUUAAAUCGCGCUAGCAAUGGCUGCUAUUCAGUCUUCCGGCAGACCCCGUGAGCGAUUGCUCUACGCCUUUCGUGGGUGGAUUGCGUUUGUUGCAUUCAUGGAUCUGGGCACUGCUUUUCGCAGUUACAUUGAACGCCGCAGUUUCCUGGGCGAUCACAGCGACACACAGUUUAUUGAAGGUGAUUAUACCAUAUCACGCAUCAUUGGCAUGUACUGUCUGCUGAAGGCAAUCGCCCUAGUUCACUGCACUCUCUACAUACAUUACCGACCCGUUGUUAGCAUGGGCGGCUGCUCCUUGGCUCUCACCAUGGUCUUCUAUGCCACUGAGGCACUCUAUUUCCGCUCCAGUACUUUGAACUUUUACGUCAUCUUCCCUUGUGUAUUGAAUACAAUUACUCUACUGGGCUUAAUCUAUAUACCGAAAAGACUUCGUCUAUGGGAACCAAACAUGGAUUUGGAUGACGAAAACUCUCAACUAUUAAAGCAAAUGACUGGCUUUAAGCGACGCCGCGCGAAAAAGCAAUAAUUUAACGUCUAAACCAAAAAAUACAACGAAGCGAAGCAAUUGGCGACAUUUUUUCAGAGUUUGAGACGUUGAGACGCAUAUUAAUCCAUUAUGGACUGCAUUGAUGUGAUUGACAACCAUCAAAGAAACCUUAAUUUAUUUAUAUAGCAAUAAUGCUAACUAACCGAAGCCAAAUUAGUGAUUUUUAUUAUUAUAAAUUAAGAAAGCAGAUACAAAAAAACAAUGCUCUUCAUACAUACGUCAAUUCCUGACAUUAUCACUCAAUAAUAACAUUUUGUACUUCCCUUUUAGCAACCAUACAUACAUAUAUACAUAAUUAUAACCGAAUAGAGUUUAUUACACUUUUAACAAA